AGAAAUCUAGUAAUAUUUUAAGUCAGAAAGAGCUUAGGAGAGCGAAGCCUCCCAAGCUUAAGCCCUUACUAAUUAAGUUACACUAAUGAAAUUUGGUAAAACUUUACUUGUGCAGCGUUAUCCUCCUUGGGCCAGAUAUUAUAUAGAUUAUAAAGGCUUAAAAAAGUUAAUAAAAUCUUCAAGGAACGGCAACGAAGUCUUUUUUUUUGUUUUGGAUAGGGACCUGGACAAAGUUUCUAAUUUUUAUGUAAGAGAGCUAAGUAAUCUAGAGAAACGUUUGGGAAGCGCUAUUCGAAGAGCCAAAGCGUUUUUAAGUCAAAAGGAAUGUAGAGAUCUCUUGGGUAUUCGUUCUUUGGAAGUUGGAUUUGCGCAGCUUAAAAGCGAACUUUCUCUUCUUAAAGAUUUUGUGGAGUUAAAUCGCGUUGGUUUCCGUAAAAUACUUAAGAAGCACGACAAGAAAUUAAGCCAGAAGACCCAAGAGAUCUACCUUGGCCACAAAGUUUACCUGCAGCCUUUCUGCACUAACCACUCCGUCUUGGACAAACUGGCUGCCUCUAUAGACUCUUAUCUCUCUUCUCUAGCAGAUCGCCUUGCCAACUUGCGCUCGAAAGAGAAUAGGGGAGUGCAAGGGCGAGGGCUGGAAUCCCGAAGGCUUAUGUCCGCGGUAGUCGGCCAUGAUUUGGAGAGCAUAGAGGACUUCCUCAAAGAACUUUCUCAGCAGUGCAGCGAACAAGGAAAUACAGGCAAUCAGGAUUCCUUUGCUUAUUUAUUGGGGCCUCCUUUCGUGAGAGCGUGCAAUGAAGGGCCUGAAUACCACGACGUCAUUGAACUGAUGUUAAAAAGCGGUUUUGUAUCUGUGGACACUACUGACAGAAAUGGUCGGACAGGCUUGCAUAAGGCUGUUAUUCACCUUCAAAUAAAGACACUGAACUUUUUACUAGAAAAAGGCGCCAGUGUGCACGUUAGCGACGUCAAUGGGAGGCAACCUCUGCACUACGCCGCAAUGACCGGCAAUGAAGCAGUCUUGGCUCUGUUGCUUUCUCGGGAUCCCGACUUGGCGGCGCAGGAUUGCGAGGGAAAUACGCCGUUGUUUUAUUCCAUUGCACAUGGUUGGACAAACUGCUCUAUCAUGCUUUUGGACAAAGGCAAUGAAGAACAAUAUUUUGGGCUAGCAAAUACCCACAUGUCCCCUCUAGCGGUAGCCUGUAUCUACGGCAAUCGCGAAAUAGUCGGCCUGUUGAUUCAAAGAGAUGUCGAUGUCAACCACGCGGACGACCAAGGGCUCACUCCUUUGCACUACUGCUCCAGGUAUGGCUUCCCGGAUAUAUGCGCGACCCUUUUAAACUGUAACGCUCGAGUGGACAACGUGGAUAAGUUAUCGAAGUGGAGCCCGUUAUUUGAAGCGGCAAGUCGCGGCCAUCUGUCUUGCGUCAAGAUUUUGGUGGAGCAAGGAAAGUCAUUUCCUCUCUAUUGUUUCGUGGAUUUUUAGGCCUGAUGACGGUCACUGUUGGGUGCAGGAAACGCCCCCGUGGCUCUUCUUGACGGUCUAGGCUGGACACCACGCGACCAUGCGCUCUUUAGAGGCCACAUCGAAGUUGCAGCGUAUUUACUACCCUUGGCGACUACUUACUAUUCUCCUCCAGCAAACUCUUCUGAGGCGACCGG